CUACUCACACACUUCGCAGAAACAAUGUUCGCACUUGCACCAAAUGCAGCCCUAACUCAGGCCUCAAUCACGCUCUUAAACAAGUACUCUACCUUUACGACCUUCGCCGAAGAUGGUAAAGGACCAUGGGAUCAUAUUAAAGACUCGCAAGAACAAUAUGACUACAUCGUUUGCGGAGGUGGUAGUGCCGGUUGUGUGGUGGCUAAUCGUUUAGCGGAGGACCCAAAGGUCAAUGUCCUUGUCCUCGAGGCUGGCUACUCGGAUGACAUUAUCUCAUCAAUGACCCCCGUCACUUUAAUGUACCACGUCGAUACCGAUAGAGACUGGUGCUUAAAAACCACUCCUCAGAUCCAUGCAGAUGGGCGAGUUAUGAAGCAGCCUCGAGGCAAGAUGCUAGGUGGAUCAAGUUCUAUUAACGCUAUGAUUUACCAUCGUGGUGCAUCUUGCGAUUACGACGAAUGGGAGUCGCUAGGCAAUCCCGGGUGGUCUUACAAGGAAUGCCUGCCCUACUUUAAAAAGUCGGAAGGGUUUAAUGACCCAGAUUUGCCGCCAUCCCACCCUAGGGGACCAUUGACCAAAAGAAUUCGCAAAGCAAAGUACGAGACCUAUGAGCCAGAGUACCACGGUACAGAAGGGCCAUGGCAAGUCACUUUUCAUUACCUUCAUGGUUCCUCUGAGAGGUUCAUCGAGGUGAAUAUGAUGGAAGGUGUGCCCCGCAACAAGGACUUCAAUGGUCGGACGACGUUAGGCGUGAAUAGGAUUCAAACAUUCAUUCAGCGCGAUGGUACCCGGAGUUCAUUAGCUAGAGCGUUUCUCAAAGGCAAACAAAUUGUUCCAGGUGGAGGUGCGAGGGGGAGAAUCAGAGUGGUUUACGGUGCGAACAUCAGCCGUAUCCUUACCCAGGCACGGAGGGGUGUUAAAAUGGCUUAUGGAGUUGAGUUUUUGGACCAUAAAAAUGUUCAACGACGUGUUCUAGCUGCGAGGGAAGUACUUCUUUGCGCAGGUGCAUUUGGGUCACCACAUCUACUUCUCGCCUCUGGGAUUGGCCCAAUUCGUCAACCCUCUAUUCCUCAUGUCCAUACGCUCCCCGGAGUAGGCAUUAACCUUGAGGAUCAUUUAUGUGUGGAAGUUGUAUUUCGAGCAAGGUCUCGUGCUCAUGUCACUCAUGGGGAUAUGAACUUUCCUCGCGUACUGUUAUCGGUCCUUAAUUACAAGCUCUACGGCACCGGCGUUAUGACUUGCCAAGUCGGCGAGGCUGCCAAUUUCGUGAGACUGGAGGAUAUUGCUCCAGACUUUGUGGAGCGCGAAAAGGCCAACGGAACGUACAAGGAGCGAGCUAGUGGUCCAAACUCGCCUCAUAUCGAAGUUAUAUUUAUUCCAGGUUACUUUAAAGGCCAUGGAAAGGAAGUGGCAACUGACACCAAAAACUAUUAUACCCUGGUCGCCGUGCUGCUCCACCCUUGCUCCUCCGGCACUGUCACGAUUCGGCCAAAGGAACAAACAAGCGGUUCAUCAACAGCGGAAUGGGAGACAGUAAUUGACCCCAAUUACUGUUCGGAUCCGUUUGAUGUCCGUGUCCUGGCAGAGGCUAUUAAGUUCAUGCGUAAACUCGGUCGUCGAUUAAACGAGGAUCCCGAAGUUGGAGGGCGGGAAAUUUAUCCAGGCGAGGAAGCUGUUCCAGAUCACGACGAUGCCAAGCUCCAGCAAUAUGUGCGACAGACAAGUAAUACGAUCUAUCACCCCACAUCCACUUGCCGUAUGGGGCCUACAUCGGAUCCGUUGGCAGUGGUUGAUAGUCGACUGAACGUACAUGGUAUAGAAAAGCUAAGGGUGAUUGAUGCAAGUGUGAUACCGAAGAUACCUGGCGCCCACACCUGUGCACCAGUUGUUAUGAUUGCAGAGAGAGCAAGUGAUUUUAUCAAGGAGGACUGGCAGGAUUUAGAGGCGCAUCAGAAAGAGCAAUAAAAUAAAAACAAAGAUG